AUGCGGCGGCAACGGAAUCCGACGGCGGGAGCCACCAGGGAGGACCUCCAAGGGCUUGAUCAACCUGCGGAGUCUACCCCUCCCCCCCAACCCCUCGCCUCAGCACCCGCACGAGGAGCGCAUCUGUCCUCCCUCCCACCAGUGCCAGAGAGGCGGCGGCGACUCACCGGCACCCCGCAUCACUACGCCAACUCUACAGACUCUCCAGUAAUCCCUGUUGCGUCGGCACGACCUCUAUUCUCUUUCGCAAUGGACCUGCGGGACCAACUGGCGCAACGCAACUACUACAGCGAAGACGAGCUACGGCUAUUCACCGAGUGCCUCACGGAGGUGAUAGCGUCAGCGAAUCCAGCAGAACAGAGUCAUGCAAACGAGGCAACGGCGGGGAGUGGCGACUAUGAGGGCACAGGCGGCCUUCGUCCACUCACCAACACAGACAGCGCGUCGGGUCCAUCGCACACGAUGCCAGGUGGCGCCCAGAGCCACACGGCAGAACCUGUAGCCCCAAGCCCCACAUACCACCACCCCUCCAUCGCUUCAGCUCCGCCCCCACACCCCGCUGAGACCGACGUUUGGUACUCACCCCGCAACAGCCCUUUGACGCCUGCGACGGCACCAGCACUCCAGUAUCCGCCUGCGCAGACGGCGGCGAUCCAACGAUACCAGCCGUUCGUUCAGGCUGAUCCGAUGAGGGAGCAAAGGGCAAGAGAGUCGGUGCGGGAGUCGGUCAGGUGCCCGGGCAGGGAGUUGGUGACCUACCACAUGCGGGAGCUGCUGGCAGACCACCAGGCCAAACUCAAGGCCAUCGAACGGCAAAUCGAGGAGGCCAGCUGGCAGGCGGGGCCGCCCGGCAGUCGGGCGGAAGGGGAGCGGAUGUGGAAGCUCCGCAACCUCGAGGAGCUCGCCGCCAUGGAGCGUCACGAGGAGGGGAGGGUUAGGCGUUCUCUGAUGGAGCGGGCGACUGCCCACUAGCAGGAGCGGGCCAUGGCGGCCCCAACACAGUGGGCGGGUCCGCUCGAGAUGGGUCAGGGGGGAGGCCUGGUGACGACUCACGCAUCUGCUUCGCAGCCCUACGGCCGUGGCGACGAGCAGCAUAUUGUUAUUCAGCCCCCUGCCCCACCACCGCCAUUCGGUCAUGGAGUGUCGACACAGCCACCACCGCCGCCCCUGCAGCAACAGGGGAGCGGUGAGGCUGCUGCACAGCCCCGGCGUGAGAGUGUG